AGUUCAAGGUACUCGCGCGCUGAAAACAUGGAGAGAAGGGGCAUCUGGGCAGCGUUCGAGAUGGCGGUGUUGUUGCUCACCGCGUUGUUAGUGGUAGAAGCGCAGGCGCAAGACACAUCCUGCCUGAGCCGGUUAGCUCCUUGCCUGAACUACCUCAACGGGACUCGCGACCCGCCGAGCGCUUGCUGCGACCCUCUGAAAUCCGUGAUAAGCUCGGACCCCAAAUGCCUGUGCGGCUUGAUCAGCAACCAGGGCGCCAACCAGGCUGAGCAGGCCGGCAUCAACGUGACCGAGGCUCAGGAGCUGCCCGGUCGGUGCGGGCAGCACGUCAAUCCCAUCGCUUGUCUCUCGGGUUCUCCCAGUUCCAGGGAGUCGAACGAAAAUUCGGCCGGUCUCUUUCCGGGUUCGUCUUUGAGGACGCCGAUGGCGGUCGUAGCUCUGUUGGUGACUGCUCGGAUUCUGUGGGAUUAGAACAGUCGGUUUCCUUCAUCAUGCUUCGACUGACUGACUGAUCUUUGUCACAAACUGUACCAUGGUUAUUGUUCUUAUUUUAUUCCAUUCUUUAAGCUUUCUUCUUGAAGAAACUGUCUUGAUUUCUCAGGCUAUGAAUGUUCUCAAUAAACGCUGCUUCCAUCGAGAAUAAA